AACUGUUAGCCACACGUCAGCAGUCAAGUGAAAGGACUGCGUACCUGCACCAUGGAUAUUUAAAACCUCAAUGUGCCUCACUGUCUUACCAAUGUAAAGUUAAUAAAUUUUGAUUCGAGAAAUUUAAUUACAACGGAAUUAAUCGUCAAAGAUGAGCAAUCCACUACACAUCGAAGUCUGCCAGAAGGUUGACAGUCUACUUUCUGUGGAAGAUUUGAGUAAAGCUGUAUUGGAUGAGUUAAAAAAUUCGAGUUCCUUCGACUUGAAUGAGACUAUUUUGGGAAAAGAUUGCACGCACGAUAUUUUGAAGGAUCAUAUUGACAGUAUAUCUUUCUAUCGCAAUAAUAAUGAACUCACCGCUUUCCAGACCAUUCAUGCUAACUCAAAUGAUGAGGAUAUCAGACUGCACGUUUAUAGAUUACAUGAAGAUGAGCCUGCUACAGAAACAAUUCAUGAUAAUGAUAAUAAUUCUGAUGAAUUGCCCGUCGCGACACAUUGGGUUUUACCAUCUUCAGAUUUCAAAGGCCUAUGGGAAAGUCUCUACUAUGAUUCUGAUUUAAAAGAAAAUCUCUUGAGUUUUAUAGAAACUACGAUUUUGUUUGCGGACUGUAACGUCGAUCCAAAUAUCAUCAGCUGGAAUCGAGUCAUCCUGUUGCAUGGACCGCCAGGUACGGGAAAAACAAGCCUGUGCAAGGCUUUGGCUCAGAAACUAGCCAUUCGAUUCAGUGAUCGAUAUUCGCAUUUUGCAUUAGUCGAAAUCAAUAGUCACAGUUUAUUCUCAAAAUGGUUUUCUGAGAGUGGUAAGUUGGUGAUGAAAAUGUUUGCUGAGAUCAAACAGUUGCUGGAAAAUCGAGAUGCAUUGGUUUGCAUACUUAUCGAUGAAGUUGAAUCUCUUGCUCACGCACGUAAGUCCUCGACCUCUGGGACAGAACCAAGCGAUUCUAUCCGUGUUGUAAAUGCCUUGCUUACGCAAUUGGAUCAGAUCAAGCGGUAUCCAAAUGUCCUAAUUCUGACUACUAGUAACGUGACCGAAGCGAUCGAUUUGGCAUUUGUUGACCGAGCUGACAUAAAACAGUUUAUUGGACAUCCGAGUGAAAUUGCUAUCUAUAAAAUUUACCAUUCCUGCAUAAAAGAACUUAUUAAGGCUCGAAUAAUAGAAGUUGAAGCUGUACACGAAAUAUCACAUCUAAAGAUCAACGGUCAUGAAGAGAAUUCAACAACCAGGCACAUGAGCUUGAAGCUACUAGAGCUGAGUCGAGAAAGUGUUGGACUCAGCGGUCGUGCCUUGAGAAAAAUACCCUUCUUGGCGCACGGUCUCUACUUGCGUACUAAAACAUCCACUCUUUCUCAGUUUUUAAGAGCGAUGCAUUUUGCGGUGACGAAACACAAAGAAGAUGCUCUUGAGCGACACUAUUAAAAUUACUAAUUAUUUGCAUAAUCACAUUGUUAUUACAAGCUUCGCAAUACCAGCAUUAUUUUUCCAACGUUAUCAUUGUAGAUGAGUCGUUUGUAUUUUUAUCAUCCACAAUGUGGAUGAAAAUGAAUGAGUAUUUUAUUCAUUUAAUUGGAUACCGCUAUCCGAUCAGAUCCCAAUACUCUAUCUGUAAAAUGUCAUGUAUUCCAUGUGGCGCCGAAUAAACAAUUCUAAUUUUUA